UUGUUGCAAGUGCGCUACUGCAGCUGCUGGAGGUUGGCAAGCACAGGAGGAGCGAAUUUAACCUACUUUGUCACUCUGGAUAAUUUGAGUUUCCCGAUCAAGUUAACAGUGAUCAGAAACGGGGAUGUGCUAGUACAAAAACAUAGGAAAUGGAGUAGUGUGUGCACGCAGGUAUUUAUGUAACACUGAGACCUUUUGUCUCUCGUACGCACAGGUGUCUCUGACAGGUGAUGCCUGAGCUGAGUAUUUACCAUCAGGUGCCUGUUGCCUUUGCUGUCCUUAUACCUUUGGCCAGUACUGCUGUGGUGGAAUUCUGUUAUUCUUAAUGUCUAAAAGGCAACAGUGACAUUGUCUGUGCCCAGCAGUACAUCUUCAUUUAAGCUUUUUGUUGAAAUGCAAAUCCUGUCUUGGCUUUCACAUCACCGUGAAACAAAUGGAAAUUUCUGUUUCUGCGAUCUUUUUUUCAUGUGUCAACAAAUUUACCCUUUUUAGUUUAGUGCAAAGAACUCAAAACAGUGUUGUAAACAAAAUCACAACACCAGCAAAUUGUAAAUUUGUAGCUGCACUCUCUUUCAACAUCAGGGACCCAGAGUUUUGGCCUUAUCACAGCUGAAACCAUGGUGAUCAUCAGCAGGGGACGGAGAGCACAGGGCCCUCCAGCAGACAUCUCUGGCUGGUACCAGACAGGAACAGAAAACUGUUUCACUACCUACACAGCAAAACACUAAACAUGUCAUCUGGCUGUGCUGACCUCCAGCUGAUUAACCUUAAGUCAAUGGUGCAGCUUUUUUUUUAUUCCUGUCAGGGGAUGGUGUUUAGAUUCCAGUGUAGUUUAUAGUUUGGUGAUGUAAAAAUAACUCUGGCCAAUCAGUGGUAACAGCUGUGAUGUACUGUACUGAGCCAACCAAACACAGAUUGCUCUCUAACUCAAGUAAGUGCUUGUGUUUGGAAAUGUUACAUGACAGUCUGUUCCCAGUACAUAAAGGAGCACAUAAAUUAACAACACUGUACAUAAUAUUUUAUUGAGCUGCUACAGAAAUAGACUCACGCUGUGAAUAACUGUCUAAUAAGGCAUUUUUUGUUGCUGACUUGACAUGCACUUGAAUACUUGACCAACACAAGUUCGUGCAGCACUAAAAGACAGAGUGAGUCAUUGCUGUGGGACUCUUGGUUUGCUUUUGGCAGUGCAUAACUCUGUGAGUCUCUCUAUUAUGUUAAUAAUAUCCAAUGAUUUGCUCUUUUAAGGGCAGUUAUUUUCCAAUGCUAAGAGUGUGACAGUGCCACAUAAAAAGAGUAAUGUUUGCUGGGCACAUGCCAGGAAUGAGGUUUGGGGUCUGCAACUAGAGAGCCAGUAAAGCUCUACAAGAAUGUGGGGCCUUCUCAUUUGUAGUUAAAGAUAGAAGCAGCACAUGCUGUAUCCUCGCUGGCAGCUUCUAAUUUCAUGUAUCUUCAAUCAGCCCUGUCCAUUUGGGUUGCUUUUGUUGCAGUGCUUCCUUGUUAGAUAGGAGUUUGCGUUAUGUACAGCUGUUUCUAGAAGGAGGACUUGGCUUUGUAAUAACUCAUCUCAGGCAAGCAAAAGGAACAGGACCAUGGUGCUUUAUAAAAGCUCAUUCUGCUAUUCUGCAAGAAUGAUUGAAGACUACGGGCAGAGCGGUGACAACAUGGCAGAUAGAAGGCAACUGUUUGUCGAGAUGAGGGCUCAAGAUUUGGAUUCCAUAAGAUUAUCGACAUACAGAACAGCCUGCAAACUCAGAUUUGUGCAGAAGAAAUGCAAUUUACAUUUGGUUGACAUUUGGAAUGUCAUUGAGGCUUUCCGAGAGAACGGCAUCAACGCCAUGGACCUUAACGCUGACCUCUCUGUGGCUCGUCUAGAAAUGGUACUGUCCACCAUUUUUUACCAGCUGAACAAGCGCAUGCCCACCACCCACCAGAUCAAUGUGGAACAGUCCAUCAGCUUGCUGCUCAACUUCCUGCUGGCAGCCUAUGACCCGGAGGGCCAUGGCAAGAUAUCUGUCUUUGUUGUGAAGAUGGCCUUAGCAACCAUCUGUGGAGGGAAAAUUCUGGAUAAAUUAAGAUAUAUUUUUUCACAGAUAUCAGAUUCCACUGGAAUAAUGGUGCACCCGCAGUUUGACCAAUUUCUUAGGGAGGUUCUCAAAUUACCUAUGGCGGUUUUUGAGGGACCUUCUUUUGGUUACACGGAACAAGCUGCAAGAAUGUGCUUUGCACAGCAGAAAAAGGUCUCCCUCAAUAUUUUCCUGGAUACAUUGAUGUCAGACCCGCCCCCUCAGUGUCUGGUGUGGUUACCACUCAUGCACCGGCUCGCCAACGUGGAGAACGUCUUUCACCCGGUUGAGUGCUCCUACUGCCAUACUGAGAGUAUGAUGGGCUUCCGCUACCGCUGCCAGCAAUGUCAUAAUUACCAGCUCUGUCAGGACUGCUUCUGGAGGGGGCAUGCCAGCGGUUCCCAUAGCAACCAGCAUCAAAUGAAGGAGUAUACGUCAUGGAAAUCCCCUGCUAAGAAGCUAUCCCAUGCCCUCAGUAAGUCACUGAGCUGUGCAUCCAGCAGAGAGCCUCUUCACCCCAUGUUUCCCGAAAUGCCAGAGAAACCUCUCAACCUAGCUCAUAUUGUAGAUACGUGGCCACCAAGACCAGUGAACAUUACCAAUGACUACUCACUCUCCCACUCCAUGCCGACAUCAGGGAACCCUUACUCCACCAAAAACAAGAAUGAUGUUGUUGAGCAAAGAAAGCCCUUGACUGGGGCUGCUCCACAUCUGUUGAAAGGGAGAGGGUUGAACUACAACCUCGAUGUUGCUGAUAGACUUGCUGACGAACAUGCUCUGAUUGGCCUCUAUGUGAAUCUACUCCAAAACAACCCCAAAACAUGUUUGCUGGAGAGCAGUAACCAUCAGGAUGAGGAGCACAGUCUUAUUGCCCGCUAUGCUGCUAGACUGGCUGCUGAUGCUGCGGCUCAACAGCAGAGGGUCCCCACAGACCUGCCCUGCUAUCUGGAUGCCAACAAACAGCAGAGGCAGCUCAUUGCUGAGCUCGAGAGCAAAAACAGAGAAAUCCUGCAGGAAAUCCAGCGGCUACGCCUUCAGCAUGAGGAGGCUUCCCAGCCACCACCUGACAAAGGUCAGCAGAACCCCACUCUGCUGGCUGAGCUACGUCUUCUCAGGCAACGCAAAGAUGAGCUUGAACAAAGAAUGUCUACUCUGCAGGAGAGUCGCAGGGAACUCAUGGUGCAGCUGGAGCAACUAAUGAUGCUUCUCAAGCUGGAGGAGGAACGGAAACAAGCUACUCAGGGUCCGGGCUCUCCACGCUCUUCCCCCAGCCACACCAUCAGCCGGCCGAUCCCCACACCGAUCCACUCGGACUCUGCUGGCACAACCCCGACUCACACACCUCAGGAUUCACUCAUGGGCGUGGGAGGGGAUGUUCAGGAGGCCUUCGCUCAAGGUCCAAGGAGAAAUUUGAGGAAUGACCUGCUAAUUGCUGCUGACUCCAUCACCAACACAAUGUCAUCACUGGUUAAGGAACUCAAUUCUGAGGGUGGAAGUGAGACUGAAAGCACUGUGGACUCAGACUUUGGACGUGGCGACUUACUGGUCACAACCUCUGCAGGUCCCUUUUUCGUAUAUAAACCAAGUCUUAGGAGUGCUGGUGCUGCAGAGGAGGAGAGCUUUGAGAAUGAUCUGGAUCAGCAGCUGGAGGAUGAGCUGAAGUUGGAGGAGCUAAUGAGGCACAGGCAGGAACCAGACAAAACAUGCAUGGUGACGCUGCAGCAGUGACCGUGUUGGUUCAGGUGACUGGUGAGCAAUAUGAAAAGCAACAAUAGUAGAAGACACUGGACAAGACAACACUGGGCCGACGGUACAGAGCACUGAAAAGAUGAAGAAUUUAAGUUGAAGAAAUGGCCGAAUCCAACCAUAGAAUACAUUUAUGUAAAGAUAUAUUUUUUAACCAACCACAUAUUUAAAGUAAUACUGUGAGCUGAUGUAAAGAGAUUAAUUAGUGAGCUGUCUAUUAUACCACAGGUGCCAUAAAAACCACAUGACUUUGGGAAAUUAUUUCUUAAUUGUUAUUUUUUUUUUUUUUUUUUUUUUUUUUUAUGAGUUGUUCAACAAAUGACUACGCUAUUAUUACAGUGGAAAACAGGAUUCUUUUAAAUUGACGGAGGUGAACCACGUUUAAGUGUUUGUCAUUUGAUUUGAAGCUUAGAUUAUGUCGGAGCUGAAGUUGAAGAUGAUAAAAUUUGCAACAUUUUGUGAGUGUGUAACUCAGACUCACCACUAUUCCAUAGUUUUCUUACUGUUUUUGUCAAGUGGCUUUUGUAUUGUGUUUUUUUUUUUCUUACUUUAUUUUAUUUUAUUAUCUGGACCAGGCCAAUCAUAUUGAUUUGUUUAAUUUGAUACAUAACAAUGGACACUGCCUUAGCUGAUUGGGUGACCUCUCAAAGGAGCUCAUUCAAACUGUCAAUGCAGCAUGUAGCUAACAACAAAACACACCUGUCGAGCAGCAAUGCCAGUUGUCUUCACCGGACAAAUGAGGCUGAACUCAUUAAAUCUGAUGCUGGGGGGGGGGGUCUGCAGAGGGAUUUGGUCUGCAAAUAUGUACACUGUCUACAUAUAAAUUGCCAAUUAAAUCUAGAUGGAUUGGUUCUACUAUCUGGGAGUGUUUUUAAAAUACAAUGAAAAAGUGUAACAUAAAGACUUCCAAAUGACUCAGAUCCUCAAAGGUUUACACUGGUAAGGGCAUUGAACAAAUUGUGUUUACUAUCAAAGGUUUAUGAAUCGCAGUUGCAGAUCGCAGAUCAUUUGCCAUUGUUUCAUCUGUUGGCUCUCACACACGAAUCUCUGUGUGACUUGCACACCAUACACACUCUUGCUGUACUUUCCGAGUGCGUGUGAAACUUUACUCAGUCACUUUGAGACAAAGUGGCCAGCCAAUCUGAAGUUAUAAAUGUGUGAAAUAUAUCUAGUUUGAUUUCUGCGCAAGUUCAUAGCAGUGAUUUUGCAUGGUGGUGAUGCAUAAUAAAGUGUUGACACAAUAUCACAA